AUGAAGUUCUUAGUCCUAUCUUGUGUUGUGAUCGCAGUUCUGGCUGAACCACCUCGCUUCCGACCAGCGAGGUUCAGGUUCCAACGCAUAGAACUGGCUCCGACAACCACUGACUCUCCAACUGAGGCUACUACUACUGAAAUAUCAGGACCUUAUCCUGCAUCUGGCUGGAAACCUGCAGGAGAGCCUUUCACACUGCCAAACGAAGAGAAACAACCGGCUGAUCAAUAUGGACCUCCGGAUGCCCCAUACCCUCCAUCUGGAUGGAAGCCACAAGGACAAGCGUUUGAGCUACCAAAAGAAGAUCCAGCGAACAGCUAUGGUGCUCCCGAUAACACCUAUGGAGCCCCUGCUAAUACCUACGGAGCCCCUGCUAAUACCUAUGGUGCUCCCGACAGCACUGACGCUCCAUCAACUGAUAAUCCUCAAGCUGAAAGAUUAGAAGGACCUGUGGAAGUUCAGAAAAGUAUUGGAACAUACUUUGUGCUACUUCCUAAUGGCCAGCUACAGAAAGUAGAAUUUGUGACGGAAAAUGAUACACAAAAUAUGAAGUAUACUGCCAGACUUCAGUUGCGCAAUCCAGCGCCUCUUUUAGUCUUCAGACCCUGA